CGAAUAAAACAAAAAUAAACAAUAAGAACGUACACGUCCAAUCUACAAAAGGCACUGCCCUUAAAGGCCUGCCGACGAGGCCUGAACAGCGGCAAGGAUGAAGGACACGAUCCGCCAGGACUUUGCCUCAGAGCCUUCUCUGUCGUCGUCCGUCGAAAAGGCCGAAAGCAUUCGUCAGGAGCAAGCUCCGCCGGCAACAAGCGACCCUGAGAAUGGCCUGGGACGGGUCGCCACGGUCAAGCCAGAGCUGACCAGCGCUCACAAGGACUAUCUCAUCCGGCGACAUGGUACCCACGAGCUGGAGCCGAUUCCCAGCAUAGACCCCCAGGACCCGUACAACUGGCCGGACUGGAAGAAAAACGUGAACCUGUUCCUGAUUGCGUUCCACGCCAUGAUGACGACGUUCAUGGCCGCCGGCAUCAUCCCGGCAUACGAGAACAUCGCCCAAGACCUGGGCGUGUCGUUGCAGAAGACGUCAUACCUCACGUCGGUGCAGAUCGUCGUCUUAGGGUACGGGCCUCUUUUCUGGAAGCCCAUCUCGACGCGCUACGGCCGUCGCCCUGUCUGGUUGAUCUCGUGUCUUGGCUCGGGCAUCUGCAGCGUUGGCUGCGCCGUCAGCCAUUCUUACGGCGCCAUGGCGGCCUGCCGGUGCCUGGUUGCCUUCUUCAUCAGCCCGCCAGCUGCCAUUGGCAGCGGCGUUGUCGUCGAAACAUACUUCAAGAACCAGCGAGCUACCAAGAUGGGCAUUUGGACGCUGAUGGUCACGCUCGGUCCGCCGGCGGGACCGUUCCUGAUGGGCUUCGUUGCGUACCAUGUCGGCUACCGCUGGAUAUAUUGGAUAUUCGCAAUCACCAACGCCGUGCAAUUCGUCGCAUAUCUCUUCCUGUCACCAGAGACAAGGUAUAUGCGCACUGACGACCCCUCCACAACGGACGCGUCGGUUGCUGGCAAGUCGUCGUUCAAAAGCGCGUACUUCUCGUUUAGACGCAUCGACCCUGCACCGUUCCGAGCCGUGGAGUUCAUCGAGCCGCUCUUCCUGGGCAAACAUGCCUCCGUUCUUCUGCCAACAAUCGCAUACUCGGUCGUGUUCGGCUUCACGUCCGUCUUCCUCACAGUCGAAAUACCGCAGAUCUUCUUGCCCUUGUACCAUUUCAACGCCCAACAGCUCGGCCUGCAAUUUCUCGGCAUGAUCAUCGGCUCCGUCGUCGGCGAGCAGCUUGCAGGCCCGCUGAGCGACUGGUGGAUGCACGCUGCGAGACGUCGCCAAGCCAAACGGAACGGAAGCAGCUGGGUCAGGCCUGAGUUUAGAUUGUGGCUGAGCUACUUUGGCUACAUGCUCGCCAUGGUCGGCUUGAUCGUGUUUGGUGUGCGGACAGCCCAGGCUAAGACCUGGAACGUAACCCCGAUAGUCGGGAUUGGCAUCGCGGCAGCGGGCAACCAGAUUGUUACGACCAUUUGCAUGACGUACAUGGUCGACAUGCACCAGAAUCACUCGAGCAGCAUCGGCGCGUUUGUCAACGUGGUGCGAUCCACGUGGGGGUUUAUUUGCCCGUUUUGGCUGCCAGACAUGGUCUCAAGCAUUGGGAUCGGCGGAAGCGGAGGUCUGACUGCCGGCAUCAUCUUUGCGGCAAGCGUGUUGCCGACUGUGGUCGUGCAGAUUCUCGAGGGCAGGCGUAAAGGUCGCCCAGCGGAAGUGGACGGUCGCGGAGACUAA